CGUCGCGAUUGCCUUCACCAAAAACCCCAAGGGGCGAAUUCGCUGAGCUCAAUCCUUCGACUCUCCUUGUUGCCGCAUACUUGAACGCCUUAUUCGGUGUUUCUUGUAUCAUUCCCUAUUUCUCUUCACUGUAAUUAUUCAAAUUCUCUUCCUAAAUGGCUAGCCUGAUUCACAAGAUUUCCAGAAACUCGUCGUUAUCUUUUAGAGUACUAUCAACAAUCAAAGUGCCAACACUCCCGGCUCCGACACACACUGAUUCUCCUAUUCCCCUCCAAACCCUUCUGAGUACACGCUUACCGGUUCCUACUAGCAGCACAGCUCCUGUUUGGAGUCUCUCGGACGGAUGCCAGCUGAAUUCUCCUCAAAGCUUCCAAUUUUUCCCCUCCUUCCCGUUCGGGUUUUGCUUUGAUCACGUUGUUUCGACUGAGUCCGAAAAAUUGGGGGUGGAUGAUACUGAUACCCCUCGAAUCGAGCAUAAUGAUGCACGGACGCUUUGGGCAGAUAGUGUUAAGAGGAAGAGGAAGCGAAAAAUGAAUAAGCACAAGUACAAGAAGCUUAGGAAGCGCCUCCGUCGCAAGACUUAGGAAUGUUCCAUUGCGCAAACUGUCUCCUAAUCAGGAGGUGGUUUCACUAUUUUUUUUUUUUUGGCUCUUCUCCUGAAUAUAAUUUAUUCCCUCUUCUGGGUAAGUUAUUGUCAAUAAAUUUGAGAUAUUUCUACAA